AUGCUCGGAAUCUUUUUCAAUGUCCAUUCUGCUGUGCUAAUUGAGGACGUUCCCUUCACGGAGAAAGAUUUUGAGAAUGGGCCCCAGAACAUAUACAACCUUUACGAGCAAGUCAGCUACAACUGUUUCAUCGCGGCGGGCCUUUACCUCCUCCUCGGAGGCUUCUCUUUCUGUCAAGUUCGGCUCAAUAAGCGCAAGGAAUACAUGGUGCGCUAG